AUGUCUAAUCAUGGCGAUGCGCAACGCAGGAGAUAUCCCACAACCGCGGAUGACCGUCAGCCUUAUCAAUCUCGUCAUGCGGGGUCUCGAAGGGUAGAGAGUGACAGACCAGCUUUGCCGCAAAAUGAUGACUAUGAUGCACAUGAGCGCGCAGAAGAUACUCCACGCUCCUCAGAGCUUCCAGUCUACCGGAACCCAAUAUUCCGUCGCGGAUCUGAGCCGAGAACUGACGAUUACGCUAUAAGAGCUCCUUCGCAAAGUGGCACAAGAUUGCGAGAUGGAGAAUUUGGUGACGACCACCGAACGGCCGCUGCCUGGACCCAUGACAAUCGACAGCAGUCCCCCGAAAGGGUCAUUAUUCGCACAUCUCGGGCAGCUUCAGGCAGAGCACCGUCAUCAUACCACUACCAGGCUCGAAGUCCAAGAAAUCCCCAGGAAGACCCCAAUGAAAGAGUAAGCGUUGCAAACCAAGACCCUCUCCUUUCCAGGACACGGCGUUUGUCAUAUUCCCAAGACUCGGAAUAUCCUUACACCUCGAGUGCUCCUCAUGGUCAACACAACAAGAGAGCUGUGCAUUACGAUGAUAGUCCCAACCAGCAUGGCCUUGCGAUCGGGCAACGAGUGCAUGAGGUAGACGCCACGCAUGAGAACGCCAUUGCUUCUGGCUUCCACGAUAUCCAGAAGAAUCAUCCAGGACAACCCGCAGCUCACCAAGUUUCUUCAGCCAGUAUCACCUCGACCAGCGGAGCAGCACCUGGCACCAGCGUCCAGACACCAAUCUCCCUACAGACAUCCAAUCAUUUAAUUUCAGCGCGGGCAGCUGAGAGCUCUUUUCGUAGCUCCCUAUCUCCACGCCUACAGCAGUUUGCAAACAUUCUCCGAAAUGAUUGGACAGCUCUCGAAAUAUACGUUACGAAGGAUCCCACGAUCCUUGAUGCUGAGCAACAGCAAUUUCUGAAAGAAGCUGUCCAAGCAUUCUCCAUUGGAAAGGACGCAUACGCCAACCAAUGCAUCCACCGAGUUGCACUCUUACAGCAAGUGGAAGAUUGUUCGUUCAAGGAGGCUCUCAAGGAAAUUCAGAACAUUGGAGAAAGGAAGUCAGUGGCAAAAGAUUUCCUUGAAGCAUAUGAUCGGAUACAAAAAGCAGCAAAGAAGAGAGCUAAAGCCAUGCCUGCUCCAGCUGCUGGUCAGUGUCGUGACAGCCAACAGCCUUUAAUGGCGGGAGUCGCCCACCCGAGCCCUCUAGAUCUCCAAUCAGCAUUCCCAGUAAAUCAGAUAAGUUCAGUACAAAGAGGCGAUUCAUCAAGUCAUCAGGAGAACAGUUUUGUAACGAGACAUGAGCAGCACACACCAGCUGCAAAUAGCUCCGCCACCUAUCAUCGGGGCUCACAGUCUUCCAAUGUGGAGCACCAAGACGGCCUUGGACAUCGUGGUGCAAGAACCUAUCAAUAUGUGGUUCGUACACGAGACUCCCCAUUUUCCGCAGGUUCUCCUCCCAGUUCGGGGCCCUUAAGCCAAGCCAACUAUAAGCCCAACGAUAUCAAUCCGCCCAACUACCCAGGCCCUCGCGGCCCAGCGAUUCUACCCUCAGUCCAACCAGACUCCCCAGAUGACGUGGAAGCCAGCACACCUGUCCAACACCAUCGACAAAGCGGUAGCGUCGCAUCUAUCACAGAGUUUUCAGUCACUGGCGAUAACACUUUCCCACUCCCCUCGGGCAAACAAGGCCAGCUCGAUUCGAGGUUUCAACCCCGCCCUCAUUCGUUCUAUAAGGUGGGAAAAGUGUUCGCCGUCCUAUGGCAUGUACCCGGGAGCACCGAUCCUCCAAAAGGCCACAUUAGUGAGAAGCGGGUCCUUACGGUUGGUAAAUAUAACGAGCCAAUUUACAGCACCAUUCGAAGGAUGGUCGUUGUUCGUGAGGGGCAUGGCUAUUGUGUGUGCAUUCAGAUCAAUACGUACGGCGGUAGAGGGUUGAAGAAAUUCAGCCGCACUCCAGGAGAGAUUGAUAAUCAUUCGAUAAUCCACAUGGCCGACGCCCCAUCCUCUUACAUCAAGGACGAGCCGAGGUCUAGCAAGAAGCCAAUCGCAGUGGAGAGAGCAACCCAAUAUCAAAAGCUCGAACCUGAGAGCAGGCUAUGUUACUCUCAACCUUCUACAGUGCAGCACAAUGUCAAAGCGAUGCCCGUAGGCCAAGUGACACCAAAGUGUCUCCCUUGGCUGGUCCAUUAUUAUAAGCAAGCAAAUGGUUAG